AUGAGCACAGACUCUUCAGAUACUUUGGAGCAUCCUAACAUGGUGUGGGAAGUGAAGACAAAUCAAAUGCCUAAUGCAGUUCAGAAACUCCUCCUGGUAGUGGACAAGAGAACUUCAGGGAUGAAUGAGUCACUGGAGUUGCUGAAGUGUAAUGAAAACCUGCCCUCUUCUCCUGGAUAUGCAUCCUGUGAUGAGCACAUGGAACUUGAUGACCUUCCUGAGUUACAGGCUGUGCAGACAGAUUCUACCCCACCUGCACUUUUCCAGCUUGGUGCUGAUGUUUCACAUCAGGAAUGUUCAAGGCCUUCAUGGAGCCAACAUACCUCAAACAGCAAUCCAGAAAAUGCUUAUUCUUGUGAGAAUGGGGUGAACUGGUUGACAGAAUUAGCAAACAUAGCCACGAGUCCUCAGAGUCCUUUGAUGCAAUGUGCUUUUUAUAACAGAUCAUCUCCUGUUCACAUAAUAGCUACAAGCAAAAGUUUACAUUCCUAUGCACGUCCUCCACCAGGAUCCUCAAACAGUGAUCCUAACUUCUCCAAGGCUGAUUUGGACGAAACAUCAGUGAGACAUGAAAGGGCGAACAGCGAGUCAGAGUCUGGCAUUUUCUGCAUGUCAUCCCUUUCAGACGAUGACGAUUUGGGAUGGUGCCAUUCCUGGCCCUCAACUGUUUGGCAUUGUUUUCUAAAAGGCUCUCGUUUGUGCUUUCACAAAGGACGCAAUAAAGAGUGGCAGGAUGUUGAGGAUUUUGCAAGAUCUGAAGGCUGUGGGAAAGAGGAAAAUCUCUCCGUGAGUCCUUACAAGGAUUAUGGUUCCAAUGGCUUAAAGUUGAUUUCUCAUGAAGAAAGCAUUUCCUUUGGUGAGUCAGUGCUGAAGCUGACUUUUGAUCCUGGUACAGUGGAGGAUGGUUUGCUCACCGUGGAAUGCAGACUCGAUCAUCCCUUUUAUGUUAAAAAUAAAGGUUGGUCAUCUUUUUAUCCAAGCUUGACUGUGGUACAGCAUGGCAUUCCAUGCUGUGAAAUGCAUCUUGGAGAUCUGUGUCUACCUCCUGGACACCCUGAUGCCAUUAACUUUGAUGAUUCAGGUGUUUUUGAUACAUUUAAAAGUUAUGACUUCACGCCGCUGGACUCGUCGGCAGUGUACGUGCUGAGCAGCAUGGCUCGCCAGCGCCGCGCGUCGCUGUCCUGCGCGGGGCCCAGCGCCGCAGACACCGAGAGAACAGACUGCAGCAGCAAGAACUGUGCCUCUACUGCACCCUCACAUCUCUCCUCCAACCCUUUGUACAGCAAAGCUGGCAAAAGCCACAGCUCAGGGACUGCAAGUACUGUGAGUGCCACUUCUCCAAACAAGUGCAAAAGACCAAUGAAUGCCUUCAUGCUUUUUGCCAAAAAAUACAGAGUUGAAUACACUCAGAUGUAUCCAGGGAAAGACAACAGAGCCAUAAGUGUGAUCCUUGGUGACAGAUGGAAGAAAAUGAAGAACGAGGAGAGACGGAUGUACACACUAGAAGCCAAGGCCUUGGCAGAAGAGCAGAAACGCUUAAAUCCUGACUGUUGGAAAAGGAAACGAACAAAUUCUGGCUCACAACAGCAUUAAGCCAGAAUUUUCUUGAUAACUCUGUAUUUGCAAAAUGGCUGUUGCUUGAUGGCAAGAAGAUGCAAGAUCAAGGUCUUACUCUUUGUUAUGACUCUGUGUGACCAUUACCCACUGGCACCAUCAAGUUGGAAAUGAUCUGAGUGCAGAUUUGCUUUUUACAAUAGAACAUUAAGUAAGCUAAAACUAUCAGCAUUUUAAACCAAAUUGCCUUAUUUUCUUCCAAACUUCAUAUAUGUAUCAGGUAAUAUAGGCUUGAAAAUGGAUAUCCUGUGGUGCUAAAGUACUUUAGAAAGAGGUGAAGGAGAUGUGUAUAAAUGUUUAUUUUUAAAAGAAAAAAAAAUGUACAAAAAGGGGAAUUUUAAAAUAUGUAACAGCUGUUUAUAUACAUUGAUUCGUAUUGCUGAUUAAUAUGUAUUGCACAAACGUAUUAUUAAUUGCAAUUCUGGGGCCUGGGACUUUUUGAAAUGGCAAAAUGUAUUCUCAGCCUGUAGCUUCCCAGCCUGCCCCUCUGCCAGCAAUUGCCAGAAGAGGUGGGGAUGGAGAGGAGCUGUGAUGUAGCAGGGGGAGCUGCUGCU